GAGCCCUCACUGGAUGGGGUGAAGCCACCAACCAGACCUUUGUUUUAGGUGCCUCCACCAUGAGUUCGCACAAUCUUGCCUUUCCACAAAAAGCCAACUCCCGCAGCGUUUUGGGUCCGGGGGUACCUUGGCCAAAAGCCUUGCAGAAGAUGGAAUUCGAUGUAAGAAGUUUGGUGAUCUACGAUGAGGAGCUGGAGGGGGUGGCAGCUGUCUCCAUCCCGAAUGUGAAUGUUCAAACGGUUUUGGUUCCAAACCUCAAAGUGGAAUGCGAUGUUGUGUACGUCCUUGACGGCUUCAAUCCAACAGUCCUUGAAGUCAGAGAGUUCCACGUGGCAAAAGCAUUGCUGGAAGGACAAGAGGUGCUUGGAGAGCCUUUGGGAGAACUGGUGCCGUCUCAGUGGGGCUUGGUGCAUCUCUUUGAUCUCUGCCUUUGGUUCGGCCACAUCGACACUGCUCUGGCCUUGGCAAAUGGUGGUGUGAAGGGCUGCAGCUUGGAGGAUCACCACCUGGGAGCAUUGCCAGACGCCAGCGAUGUUGAACAAAGGGAGUUUAGGUGGUGUGGCUGCAAUGGCUCGGAGCGCUGCAGCACAUGCUGCUGGGCUUUCCCUUUUGAGAAUGGCGUUUGGAUGAAGGAUUGGGAUGCGCCUCUGGAUGAUGCCUCAGGGGCUGCAUGGGAGGCAGCCAAGAUGCCCCUCGUCAGGGGCAUCCUGGACAUCUCCUGCUGCAACGACCCGCUCCCCUUCGCCAUGUCUGAGGCGGCGGCCGCGCGGCUGCUGGACAUCGCCAUCUUGUGGGGCAAUGUCGAGGCAGCGGCCAACUUGGCCAAGACCCACCAAGCUCGGCCGCUCCGCCGGUGGUGCGGAAAGGAGAUAUAUAGUUUCGCGGCCUUGUGGGAUGAAGACUUGGCCGAGUGGAAUCCCACAUUUUCUGCCGCCACAUUUUCUGCCGCACUAUGUGCAGGCGCAGAUUUUGAGGGUGUCCACACGGAUGUUUGUGGGUCAACUUAUGCAGAAUCAAUUGAUGUUCCGCUUCUCCGAGUUUUGCCCCUACACUUCGAGCCAGAGGACUGGCAGCAUCUGGAGCAGGUCUUCCCAUCGGAGAAGAACCAGUGGCCAUCCCGCGACGUGAAAGUGGGUGAGCUGUUUCUGACCCGUGAGUACGGUGAGGAUGUCCUGCGGAGCGUUUCGGUGCAGAGAGUCCAGAAUGCUUUGAGGGCAGGCUGGGAUCUGAAGUACAUCUGGAUGGAAUUUGACGCAGCAGGACGCUGGUAUGCUGCCGGUCUACUGGACGUGGAGGUUCUGUGUGGUCAGCAGGAAUGUGCAAGUGCUCUUGGGUCCGCCGGUGUCGAACUGAGGGAGGAUUGCCUGGACUUGCACAGACUGGCGUUUCCCAGGGAUGGGCUGGAGGCUUUGCGGGGCGGGCCAAACUGCUUGUCGGCCAGGGUGAGUUUCGGUUCAGCCUCUGAGUGCAAGUGCGCGGCAUCUGCAGCAGCGCAUGCAUUUCUCAUGAACUCCUUCAAGCGCGAAGGCGUCGAGAAGGGGAUCGCCCUCUACCAGACCUUGGCCAAAAAGUUCCACCCCAGAGGUGUUCCACUAGCCUUGGUGCACGACAUCUUGUCGUUCUCCAUGGAAGCUCCCAAGAUCUUGGACCAGUUGGAUCUCUGGGACGAGGUCAGUGGUUGGAUGCCUUCAGUGCAAAUUGAUACAGAUGGAGAUGACAAGGCAUCUCUGGUGGAGGAUUCGGAAGUUGAGGAACAGCAAGGCACACCAUGGGCCGAGCUGAGAUCCGAACCCCCUGAAGCGGACGUGAAGACGACGGACGACCUGAUGACAGCCCUGCAGUUGAGCCGCGAUCAGGUCCCAGUGCUCAACAUGGACGGGGUCUGCGUGUUCCGGCUGACCCGAAUGGCGACGUCCGAGCACGUGGCCCGGGUGCUGUUGGAUGCCACCGGGCCCUUGGCGGAGCUGCACCAUCGUGUCCUGGAGGCCGGCUGCGAGGUAGACCCGGAGUGGAAUCCGGUGAAAGCGCUGCUGGUGCCGAUCGCUGAAUCCCAGAUGGCCGAGCUGCAGGCGUUGGCGGAACACGGUUACGAGCUCAGCCGGGAGGACCACAUUUUGGCCCUGCAGUCGGAUCAAGAUCUCAUCACCCGGGCCUUGCGAGUUGAGAUUUUAGAUCGUAGUGCUGUGGAUUUGCAACGGUCUCGAGGCCAGAUCUGCAACAAGAACCGGCCAAAGCUGAAGAAAGUUGGCCCAGAGGCUGUGAUGCCGGGAGACGCACCCGUGGAGCAGCAGCAUGAUUCGGAGGAAGAUGAACCGCUGCUGGUCCUUGAGUCUGGCAUCCGCACCGAUUCUGACGUUGGAUUCCCAUCGUAUCCCACCAGCUCGACAGGAGAGCAGCGGCCGAAACUCCUCUGCUGUGUGCAGAAUGAAGUGGAGCAGUGUCACUGGAGGCGCUUGGACAUCCAAGUCGUGAGCUUGGAGUCUGAAGCAACCAGGGAUUCCAACGAAGAGGACGCCAGCCAAAGAGUUUUUGGAGUCAGAGAAUUCCAUGUGGCGAAGGCCUUGUUAGAUGGUCAGCAGGAGCUCCUGUCAGAACUGGUGUCAUCUCAAUGGGGCUCAGUCCGCCUGUUUGACCUAUGCCUUUGGUUCGGCUACAUCGACACGGCUCUGGCGCUGGCAACAGGUGGAGUGAAGGGUUGCACUCUGCAGAGUUACCACCUGGGAGCGUUGCCAGAUGAAAGCAAUGUUGAACAUCCGGAUGCAACGGAUGUGCUUCAUGAUCGUUGGUUGAGAUGCAAGUGCCCUCCAGAGAAGACUUGCAGCUUCUGUUGCUUUGGUUUCUCUUCGGACAGCGGCAUUGUCAUGAAAGACUGGGAUGCCAAUCUGUGGGAGGCGGCUGCCGCUGCCAUUCAGGCAGCCAAGAUGCCCCUCGUCAGGGGCAUCCUGGAGAUCUCCAGCCGCAACGAGCCCCUCCCCGCCAUGUCCAACAAGGCGGCUGCGCGGCUGCUGGACAUUGCCAUGUUGUGCGGCAACGUCGAGGCAGCGACCAACUUGGCCAAGAGCUGCCAAGCCCGGCCUUUGCGGCGGUGGAAGGGAGACGAAUUGUGGAUGGGUUUAAAUUCAUAUUUGGCCAGUGCCACACUCUCCACGAUUUCUGCUGCGCUUUCGGCAGGGGCAGAUUUCCAUCAGCUCCAUACGUCGUUGUAUCUACGUCGUCUUGGUCACUGCGUUCCAGUUCUAAAGGUUGUCUCUCUUCGCUACGAGCCAGAGGAGUGGCAGAAAGUGAAACAGAUCUUUCCAGCAGACAAGGGCCGCUGGCCGACCGAGUACUUGGAACUGGGGCGUGUGUUUCUGUCCUUGGAGAGGUAUGAUGGCCCGGAAAGGUCGCUCUUGCCUCAUGAUACAAUGCAGGCCAAUGUUUCGUUGUGUAUGAUCCAAAAUGCUCUAAGCAGAGGUUGGAAUUUGGCCUUUGUUGAAGUGGGACUCGAAGAAUGUUUCAACUAUAAAGCCUUCAGUCGUGGAGGGACUCUUCUCGAUUUGGCCAUUCUUUGUGGUCAGCCGGAAUGCGCCGAUGUUCUUGCUUCCGCAGGGGUGGAACUGGAUGCGGAGCCGCAUCUGGAGAGGCGCUUGGAGAUGCACAAGCAGCUUUUUCUUGGAGAGGACCUGGAAGUGGGACUCCGUCUUGAUGACAAAAUUUACGUAAAGCGGGGUUCCGCCAUCCAGUGCAAAGCAGCCGCCUCCGCUGCAGCACGUGCAUCUCUCACAAGAUCAUUCCAGCGAGAAGGGACCGAGAAAGGGAUCGCCAUGUACCAGAUCUUGGUGAAAGAGUUCUACCCCAGAGGCGUUCCGAUAGUUUUGGUGCACCACAUCUUGAGCCUUUCGAUGGAAGUUCCCGGGAUCAUGGACCAGUUGGAUCUGUGGGACGAGGUCAGUGGCUGGACCCCAUCCUGGGAGGAUUCGGAAGCUGUCGGACGGCACAGUGCGGAAACUGCUCAAGAGCCAAGCACAUCAUCCUCCCAGCAACAAUCCGAACCCCCUGAAGCGGACGUGAAGACGACGGAUGACCUGAUGACAGCCCUGCAGUUGAGCCGAGAUCAGGUCCCAGUGCUCAACAUGGACGGGGUCUGCGUGUUCCGGUUGACCCGGAUGGCAACGUCCGAGCACGUCACCCGGGUGCUGUUGGAUGCGACUGGGCCCUUGGCAGGGCUGCACCGGCGCGUCCUGGAGGCUGGUUGCGAGGUGGACCCGGAGUGGAAGCUGAUCUUACACAGGAAUCCGGUGAAAGCGCUCUUGGUUCCGAUCACUGAAUCCCAGAUGGCCGAGCUGCAGGCUUUGGCGGAACACGGCUCCCUGGAGGCAGUGGUGCCUGGUGGCUACGAACUCACCAAGAGGGACCACAUCUUGGCGUUGCAGAGCGAUCAGGAUCUCAUCACCAAAGCCCUGAGCCAGAUCUGCUGGAAAAAUCGGCCCAAGCUGAAGAAAGUUGGCCCUGAGAUCCCAGAGGCUGCCAUGCCUGGAGAUGAUUUGGACGAAGAUGAACCGCUGCUGGUCCUUGAGAGUGGCAUCCGCACGGAUUCUGACGUUGGCUUCCCAUCGUAUCCCACGAGCUCGACAGGCGGCUGCUUGGGCAUUCGGGUCCUGAGCCCGGAGUCUGAAGCGAUGCCAAAACUGUCAGAAAAAGAUUGGCAGAGUUUUGGGGGAGACGGAGUUGGUAUGGCAUCGUCCUUGCACAACUCCAGUGAUGCCAAGCGAGUUCUUGGAGUCAGAGAAUUCCGUGUGGCCAAGGCCUUGAUGGACGGUCAGCAGGAGCUCUUGAAUCAAAUGGUGUCAUCUCAAUGGGGCUCAGUCCACCUGUUUGACCUAUGCCUGUGGUUCGGCUACAUCGACACGGCUCUGGCGCUGGCAACAGGAAUCUGGAUGAACGAUUGGAACGUGCCUCUGGAAGUUGCGGAAAAAGCUGCAAGGAAGGUGGCCAAGACGCCGCUGGUCAAGAGAAUCCUGGAGAUCUGCAGCAAUGGGGUUCUCCCCUUCGUCAUGUCUGAGGAGUCAGCAGCUCGGCUGCUGGACAUCGCCAUUCUGCGCGGCAACGUCGAGGCAGCGACCAGCUUGGCCAAGAUUUGCCAAGCUCGGCCGUUGCGCCGAUGGCGUGCAGACGAGCUGCUGCCUUUCACACCGUUGGAUGAAUGCAGAAUGUUGCCGGUGAUUGUUGCUGCACUUUGGGCCGGUGCCGACUUCCACGAUCUACACGUGUUGUGGCAGAAUGGGAAGGGUCUCGAUUGCUCGGUUCCAUUUCUUCGAGCUGCACCUCUUUAUUUCCACCAAAAGCAGUGGCAAGUUGCAGGGCAUUUCUUCCCACAAGAUAGCCAGUGGCCAAGCACAGCCAUGAGUGUGGGCCAUCACUUUCUCUCUGAAUUCUCAGGUAGGCAUGUUCGGCGCUGCAGCCUCUCCACACGUAGAAUUGAAAAUGCCUUGAGGGCAGGGUGGGACUUGAAACACAUUUGGACUCCACUUGGACAAGGAAGAUCCUCGAGUGAUGUAAACCUGAUGGACUUGGCAGUGCUAUGUGGUCAGCCUCACUGUUCAGAUCUUCUUGCUGAAGCAGGGGUCGAACUGUCCCUGGAUUCUUUGGAUUUGUGCAGGCUGGCUUGUCACGGAGAUCGCCCGGAGCUGCAUAGUCCUCUUGGUGUCGUGAAGUUGGCUUCGGCCUUCCAGUGCAAGUCCGCGGCAUUUGCCGCUGCACUUGGAUUUGUCAUGAAAUCGUUCAAACCUGAAGGUGUUGAGAAAGCGGUGGUGCCACGCCAAGUGAUGCAGCCUCAUCCGAGACACUUCCCAGCCGCCCUGGUGCAUGACAUCCUGAGCUUUUCCAUGGAUGCCUCUAAAAAUCUGGAUCAGUUGGAUCUAUGGGAUGAAGUCAAUGAUUGGAUGCCAUACAUCAUUCGGAGCUUGUCUUCCAGAUUUUCAGAGGCAGAUGGAGAAGACACAUCAUGGCCAAUGGAUGGGGACGACGGUGGAGCAAAACAGCGACGAAGCCGGCAUUCUCUGGUGACCCCCAAAAAGGAUGCGGAGAAGGACAUGGGGACGCCCAGGCGAUAUGCGACCCUCGUCUCAGAAGAGCUGAACGGCUGCUUGGGCAUCCUGGCCGUGAGCCUGGAGUCUGAAGUGACCAAAGCUGUCAAAAAGCGGCUGACUGAUGAGCCCCACCAGGAUGGCAGCCCCACUGUGGUGGGUAUCGAAUGGUUCCAGGUGCUGAAGGCCUUGUUCGAGGGUCACAAGGAGCAUCUGGGAAAAUUGGUACCAUCUCAGUGUGGUGCGGUGCAUCUCUUCGACCUCUGCCUCCGCUUCGGCCACGUCGACACCGCUCUGGCCUUGGCAACGGGUGGUGUGAAGGGCUGCACCUUGGAGGAUUACCACCUGGGAGCAUUGCCAGACGCCAGCGAUGUUGAACCUUGGUCUAGGCGGUGUCCCUGCAUUGGCUGGGAGAGCUGCAGCAGAUGUUGCUGGGGUUUCCCUGUGGAGAACGGCGUUUGGAUGAAGGACUGGGAUGCGACUCUGGAUGCUGCAGCCAAUGCUGCACAGCAGGCAGCCAAGACGCCCCUCGUCAGGGGCAUCCUGGACAUAUCUAGCCACACCAAGAUGCUCCCCUGCGCCAUGUCCGAUGCAGCGGCCACCCGGCUGCUGGACAUCGCCAUGUUGUGCGGCAACCUCGAGGCGGCCACCAACUUGGCCAAGACCUACCAAGCUCGGCCGCUUCGCCGGUGGAGGGGAGAUGACUGGCGGGAUUUCGUAGACUUGGCCCGGUGGAGAUUCACAUUUUCUGCCGCACUAUGUGCAGGCGCAGAUUUUGAGGGUGUCCACGUGAAGUUAGUUCCUGAUGUUCCGCUUCUCCGAAUUUUGCCCCUAGGCUUUGAGCCAGAGGACUGGCAGCAGCUGGAGCAGGUCUUGCCAUCACAGAAGAACCAGUGGCCAUCCUGCGACGUGACACUGGGUGACAUGUUUCUGACCCGUGAGUACCGUGAGGAUGGCCUGUGGAGCGUUUCCGCGCAGAUAGUCCAGAAUGCUUUGAGGGCAGGCUGGGAUCUGAAGUACAUCUGGAUGGAAUUUGAGGCAGCAGGACGCUCGUAUGAUGCCGGUCUACUGGACGCGGCGGUUCUGUGUGGUCAGCAGGAAUGUGCUGGUGCUCUUGGGUCCGCCGGUGUCGAACUGAGGGAGGAUUGCCUGGACUUGCACAGACUGGCGUUUCCCAGGGAUGGGCUGGAGACUCUGCGGGGCGGGCCAUACUGGGUGUCGGCCAGGGUGAGUUGCGGUUCAGCCUCCGAGUGCAAGUCCGCGGCAUCUGCAGCAGCGCAUGCAUCUCUCACAAGAUCAUUCCAGCGAGAAGGGACCGAGAAGGGGAUCGCCCUCUACCAGACCUUGGCCAAAAAGUUCCACCCCAGGGGUGUUCCACUAGCCUUGGUGCACGACAUCUUGGGCUUCUCCAUGGAAGCUCCAAAGAUCUUGGACCAGUUGGAUCUCUGGGACGAGGUCAGUGGUUGGAUGCCAUCCCUGGAGGUCGCAACAGAUGGAGAUGACAAGGGUGUUGACGAACAGCCGGGCACUCCAGUGGCCGAGCUCCCGCCCGAACCGGCCGAAGCCACGGACGCCGAUGCGAAGUUCAUGGAGGAUGUGACGACUGUGCUGCGAUCAAAUCAGAAUGAGCCGUUUCGACUGAAGAAUCUGGCGACGGCUCCCCACGUCACCCAGCUGCUGUUAGAUGCCACCGGGCCUGUGGCAGAGUUGCACCAGCGCAUGCUGGAGGCGGGUUGCGAGGUUGACCCGGCAUGGAAUCCCGUCAAAGCACUUUUUGUGCCAAUCACGGACAUCGCUGAGUUGCAGGCGUUGACAGAUCGUGGCUACGAACUAUCAAAAAAGGAGCACAUUUUAGCGCUCCAGUCGGAUCAGGAUCUCAUCAAAGAGGCUUUGCGUCCCUUGGCGAGAGCAUCCCCUGGUGAUGACCCAGCGGAUUUGGAAGAGCUGGCAGACAUCGAUGAUGUUUUUGUUUGUACAGAUGCGAGGUUUAAUUGGCCAGUGAUUCCAGCAGUCCAGUUUAACAAGUUCUUUCAUGCAGUCACGAGGGCAGCAGAUCAGAUUCAAAUCUUUACGGCAGUGCAGCUGCUUGCUGGGCAUUCAGGCCCUAGAGCCCGGAGUCCAUGCAACGUGGUGGCUGAACCCCCUGGCUGGAGCGGAAAUUGCGCCGUUGUGUCACUGGAGGAUUCCUACCAGGAAGAUGACGAUCCGACAGUGCUUGGUGUGUUGUAUUUCGAUGUUCUGACGGCCUUGUUUGAAGGUCACAAGGAGUCCUUGGCAGAGUUGGUGCCAUCUCAGUGGGGCUUGGUGCACCUCUUUGACCUUUGCCUCUGGUUUGAUCAUACAGACACAGCCCUGGCAUUGGCAAGGGCUGGUGUGCAGGGUUGCGUGCUGCAGAGUUACCAUCUUUCUGACUUGCCGGAUGGUAGGGACGAGCAAACCAUUUUUUUCUAUGGCUGUAAGUGUAGGGGAUGGGAUACAUGCAGCGUUUGUUGCUGGGGCUUCCCGGUGGAAAACGGCAUUUGGAUGAAAGAUUGGGAUGUGCAUUUCCUGGAUGCGGCUGAUGCUGCAUGGGAAGCAUGCGAAAGUCGUCUUGUGGGUGUCGCGUUGUAUUAUUUAAGUUGGGACCACAAGCUCCCUUUUGCCCUGUCUGACAAGACGGCCGCGCGGCUCCUGGACAUUGCCAUCUUGUGCGGUAAGGACGAAGCAGCUGCCAACUUGGCCAAGCUUUACACAGCUCGGCCUCUGAGGAGGUGGAGGGGAAGCGAGCUACGCCCAUGUUGCCGCUGGAAACUCUACACAAUUUCCGCUGCCUUGUGGGCAGGUGCCAACUUUCGUGACCUCCAGGUGCGAUUUGAUGAUAUGACGGAGCUGCUGUUUCUCCGAGCUGCACCUUUGGAGUUUACCCUGGAGAUGUGGCAAAGGAUGGAAGAAUUUUUCCCACCAGAGGAGGAGCCAUGGCCAAGCUGCGACAUCAUGAACAUUGCAGAGAUCUUUUUCUGGAAAGGGCCAUGGGAUGAUGAGGACGAUGAAGACAAUGAGUAUGAUGAGGAUUAUGAGGAUGAGGAUUAUGAGCAUGAAGAGGAUGAGUACGAGGAAAACUACGAAGACUAUGAGUAUCAGUAUUACGAAUACGAUGAGUAUGACGAAGACAGUGAUGACGAUGACGAUGAUGAUGACGAUGACGAUGACGAUGAGGACGACACUGUUUCCAAGAGCCUGUCAAAGAGCAGAGUCCAAAACGCUUUGUGGGCAGGCUGGGAUUUGAAGUAUAUUUGGAUUCAACUCAAACCACAGGACGAUGACGAACCCGUGUUUUCUGCAAGCCUUCUGGACGUGGCGAUUCUUUGUGGACAGUCAGACUGUGCCAAGAUUCUUGCUUCUGCCGGUGUCAGGCGCUCCCUGUGCUCUUUGUAUUGGUGUAGGAAGGCGUGUCACGAAAGUCACGAAAGCUUGGAGUUUCACACCGAGGAUUAUGGUCCCCUCUGGCCCGCAACAGCCCUUGAGUGCAAGGCUGCAGCUUCUGCUGCCGCGCGGGUCUUUCUCAGCAAAUCAUAUCAGCAGCAGGGUGAAGAGAAUGGGAUCGCAGUAUACCAGGUCUUGAUUACCAAAUGCCAUCAGAGGCCCUUACCUAUGGCUCUGGUGCACGAAAUUUUGGCCUUGUCCAUGGAAACUCCAAAGAUUGUUGACCAGUUGGAUCUCUGGGACGAG